CAGAGAAUUUGUUCUCUGUGUUGCCUAAUCCAGCCAACGCAGCAUCACACACUAACACCAUCUGUCACCAUUCACAUCGGGAGUCAGCUGCCGAGAGGGACGGCUACUGGUGCGGGUUCUGUCCGACUGGCCUGGUUAGGGGGCUUCGUGCCUUCUGCAGCCUUGGCACUGCGCCUGUCUGGGUGCAGGUGGGACGCAGAGAUCUGAUUUUACUGAGCAGAUCGUUGCCUGAUCGUUCGGUGCGUUGAAAGCGGGAAAGAUGCGGAGGAGGGAGCGACUCGGUGAUGCGGUGACACAUGGCUGCCUGCACGCUCUGACUGCGGUCCCCACGCUUCUUCUCUCCAGCGGAACAAGCAAAGGCUGGGCAUCGGGGCACUGAGUGAGGCUGCCCAGAGGCUGACGGAUCAGGACAGACUGUGACUGGAGCUGUAAGGAGUGAAAACCGAGCCGGUCGCAUCGCCUCGGUACAGCUUCAUUUGCGCAUUACAGUACAGCACAAUAAAGACUCCACACAUCUGGGAAUGAAAUGUGUCUCCCUCUAUAACGUUGCAGAGGAUUAGUGUCACCCCCGAGCCGCCGUAGCGAUGGGAGAAAAUAUGUCCAAGCGGCUGAAGUUGGUAUCAACUACAGAAGCAGAGAUGGAAGAGCGUUCUUUCCCUAACCAGUAUCCUGACUGGGACCAGGGAUUCGCUGUCUCGAACGCUGGAGCUGAGCUGGACUCGGACGAGCCGCUUGACGCUGAAGGAAAGGUUAAUGCAGCAUUUCUAAGGAAGGUCCAGAGUAAGAUCAAAGAUCUCCUCCAGCAAAUGGAAGAAGGCCUGAAGACCGCUGACCCCCAUGACUUCAGCACUUACACCGGCUGGACAGGCAUUGCCUUAUUGUACCUUCAGCUGCACCGCAUCUCUGGUGAGGCUUCCCACCUGCAGAGGGCAUUGGACUAUGUGAAGAGGGCCAUGAGGAUUUUGAAUGGCCGCAAAGUGACUUUUCUGUGUGGCGAUGCAGGACCUCUGGCUGUUGGUGCUGUGGUCCACCACAAACUAAACAACAAUACAGAGAGUAAAGACUGUGUGUCCAGGCUCUUCCAGCUACAACGCUCAGUCGUCAGUCCAGACAACGAGAUGCCUGAUGAACUGCUGUUUGGUCGGACUGGAUAUUUGUUUGCUCUGCUGUAUGUUAAUAAAGAAAUUGGGGCUGAUGCUGUGGAUGAGGCAACAAUUACCAAGGUGGUGACGGCCAUCGUGGAAUCAGGAAAGAACAUGUCAGCUGAGGAGAAGAAGACGGAUCGCUGCCCUCUCCUCUAUGAAUGGCACAAGAAGCAGUAUGUUGGCGCUGCCCAUGGUCUCACUGGCAUUUUUUACAUUCUGAUGCAGCCCGGAGCCGGACUCCACCCAACCAUGCUGGCGGAGCUGGUCCGCCCCAGCAUCGACUACGUCCGCCACAAGAGGUUUCGAUCCGGGAACUUCCCAUCGUCGCUAAGCAACGAGAGUGACCGGCUAGUACACUGGUGUCACGGAGCUCCGGGUGUCAUCCACAUGCUCAUUAUGGCCUACAAGAUGUUCAAAGAGGAGAAAUACCUGAAGGAGGCAAUAGACUGUGCUGAGGUCAUCUGGCAGCGGGGCUUGCUAAGGAAAGGCUACGGUAUCUGCCAUGGGACCGCCGGCAACGGCUAUGCCUUCUUAACCCUAUAUAAGCUCACACAGGAGAAAAAGUACUUGUAUCGAGCGUGCAAGUUUGCUGAGUGGUGCUUGGACUAUGGGACUCAUGGCUGUCGCAUCCCAGACAGACCAUACUCUUUAUUUGAAGGUAUGGCAGGAACCAUCCACUACCUGUCGGAGAUGGCCAACCCUGAAGCCUCCAGCUUCCCUGCCUUUGAGCUUUAACCCUCCAGCUGAUGAGGCUGAGGAUCGGGGGGAUGGCAGGAGAUGGGGAGGGCAUGGUCAAGGAGGUGUCAGUACUUGGACAACUUUGUUGUUGCUUUGGACAGAACAGUCCUGUUGGCAGCUGAAUUUCAGUGUAAUCAGUUUGUUUCUGAAGAAUUCCUGGUUUAACAGCAUGAUGAAUGUUGUUUCUUAGGAGGAGGAGGUAGAGGUUUCGGGGGAAUGGAGGGGAAUAGGAGGGGGGAUUUCUGUCACAGAUUAUUAUUCUGUGGAUCAGCAACAGGAAGGUUUCUGGAAACCUGUAUGUCGCUCUUCCCUCUCGUCCGGUGAUGUUUUGGACUCCAUGAAGAACCUUCUCACGCAGAACGAUUCUUUGUCAGCUGACAGAGACAACCCCCACCUCCCCCCCAACCCCCCAUCGCACAGAGAAUGAGGUGUGAUACUGUUCAGGUGUUAAAAUGCCUUUGCAUGUUCAUUAUUGCAGCUCUUGGUGUCUCAUGUCCUGUCUGUACUGUUUGAAAGAAUCCAUUCAUGUGUGUCAAAAUGUACUAAAGUGUCAUCUUUGAUUUCAUAAUUGUAAACAAUAUAUGUGGAUUGAAGAAUCAA